AUGAGUACACGCUUCAACUCACGCUAUGCAAAACUCACUGUCAUCCAAGUGUACGCGCCCACCAAUGACGCAGAUGACGAAUCUAAGGAAGAAUUUUAUGAACAACUGCAGCGGGAGGUUGAAACAACACCCAGACAUGAUGUACUAAUUGUGAUAGGGGACCUGAAUGCCAAAAUCGGAGAGGGUAAUGAAGGAUGGGAGAAGGUGAUGGGACGACAUGGACUUGGAGGAAUGAACGAGAACGGAGAGAGGCUAGCGACGUUCUGUGGCAACAACGACUUGGUGAUUGGAGGCUCUCUAUUCAAACAUAGAGACAUUUAUAAGAUUACGUGGACCUCCCCGAAUGCAAGAGAUCGGAAUCAAAUCGACCAUAUCAUCAUCAAUGGUAGAUACAGAGGUUCGCUGAUGGACACCCGAACAAUGAGAGGGGCUGAUGCCAGCUGGGACCAGGUGUUGGGGACGGAUGACGCAGAUGAUAUCGAAGAGAUGUGGGGACAAGUCAAGGAGGUCGAUAACGAGAGUGCCAAGAAGGUGGUGGGAGAGAAGAGGAGAGUGAAGAGUGACUGGAUCAGUGGGAAGAUCUACAAGAAGAUUGAAGAGAGACGAUGGUUAAAGGCGAAGAUAGGAUAUACACGGUCUGUCCGCAUGAAGGAGAGAGCCGCUGCUGCGUAUGCAGUGAAGGACAGGGAAGUGAAAGCCAGCGCCCGGGCAGACAAGCAGAGAUGGCUGAAUGACUUAGCAGAGGAAGCUGAGACAGCAGCCAGAAACAACUGCAUUGGUGACCUGUACCAGCUCACUAGAAAGAUAGCUGGACAUGAAGGAAUAUGACUACCAUCAAAGAUAAAGAGGGCAAGCGACUUGUAAAUGAAGACGAAGUCUUAGAAAGGUGGAGGGAACACUUUGAGGAAGUUUUGAAUGUACAACGACCUGACAUACCCCUGCCAGUGAUAGAUCAGGCACCUGGGGUCAUCAGAAGCAUCGACACUGGCGACAUCUCAAUUGCUGAAACUGAGAAAGCGAUCCACCGUCUGAAGAAUGGCAAGAGUCCAGGGAUUCAUGGCAUCAGUGCCGAGUUGCUCAAGUGCUCCGAGAAGGAUGCUGUGAAACAAUUCCACUUACUGAUUAACGCUAUCUGGAAAGAACAAUGUGUACCGGAGGACUGGAAGAAGUCACUCAUAGUGAAAGUGCCGAAGAAGGGGGACCUCACUCAGUGUGAUAACUAUCGCGGUAUAUCUCUACUCUCCGUACCAAGCAAAAUCCUAUGCAGGGUCCUCAUUGACAGAUUGAAGAGUGGCGUGAACGAGAUGAUUAGCCAGGAGCAGGCAGGAUUUCGAUCUGGAAGGGGAACCUCUGAGCAAAUCUUUGCUCUUCGGAACAUCCUUGAGCAGUUUCACGAAUGGCAAGCACCAGUGUACAUUAACUUCGUUGACUUUUCAAAAGCUUUCGACUGCAUUAUCAGAGAAAGACUUUGGGACAUUAUGGGGCAGUAUGGCAUCCCUGACAUCUUUAUCAGGACUUUUCAGGUACUAUAUUAUCAGAGCUCAAGCUGCGUCACAGAAGGCGGAAGGUAUUCUAGCUGGUUCGAAGUGAAGAGUGGCGUGCGGUAGGGGUGUGUGUUGUCUGGCUUCAUCUUUGUCUUGAUCAUGGACUGGGUCAUGCGGCGCACAAAUGAUAGGAGACGCGGCUUGAGUUUGAAAUUCACAUCAGUCCUAGAAGACCUGGACUGUGCUGAUGAUGUUGCUCUAAUCUCAAGCAGAUUUACUGAUCUCCAGGAGAAGACCGAUAGGCUAGCAGCCACCGCCGGCAUUGUUGGGUUUAAGAUUAACCCGCGCAAAACAAAGACGCUUAGGAUGAACCACAGAUGCACGGAAUACAUCAGGAUAGAAGGAGAGGACGUGGAAGAUGUGGAAUCCUUCGUGUACCUAGGUUCAGUACUUGACAAACUUGGCGGGGCAGAAGCAGACAUCAAGAGGACUGCAGAACAUCUGGAGGUCAGGUAGAUUCAGCCAGAAGACCAAGUUGCGUAUCCUGAACUCGAACGUCAUGUCCGUGCUGUUGUAUGGAGCCGAAAUGUGGAGGGUGACAGUAACUGAUCUCAACAAACUGGAUGUUUUUCACCGCACGUGCCUUAGGAGAGUGCUGAGGAGAUUCUGGCCCAACCAUUUGAGCAACGAAGAGCUGUACGAAGCCACAGGGAGUACGCCGGUGUCAGUCCUUAUACGAGUGAGAAGAUGGCGAUGGUUAGGGCAUGUAUUGAGUAAAAGUCCUGACAACAUCUCGAGGACUGCAUUGACGUGGGCACCUGAAGGUAAGAGGAUUUGAGGUCGACCGAGGGAGACGUGGAGAAGAACCGUGGAGAAGGAAAGGAACAAGCUCGGAUGGCAUACAUGGGGAGCUGCUGCUGCAUCGGCCUCAGACUGGGAUGGGUGGCGUGAUUUUCUGACCGGCCGCAAGAGUCCUCAUGGGCCCGAUGAGGGUGAGUGAGUGUGUUCACCCAUGAUUGAAUGACUAACCUCAGAGGAGAUUGGCAAGGAAUGUCACAAGGAAGUAAGAUUAGGUAAGUAUAGUCUCCUUCCUCAUGGGGGAAUUAAGGGCCAGGUUACGUAAUGAAAUGCUAAGUUUUAGAGUAACGAUACUUAAUUCAUUGAUCAGCUCUCCAGAGAAAUUGUACUGUUGAACAAGCAAAUUCUCAGAACGAACAUAAGAAGACAUAUAUGAAAAGGGUAAGGAGAAUUUAUGUACCAAGUUUCAGUUAUACACUUAUACAAUUUUACUAUCACUGAUCUAUCGACUUGCCGUAUCGUAGGCCUCGUUCAAAAAACUCCACGUUUCCUCUUUUUCUUUGGUAAACAAAGAAAAAUGAUGACGAGAAAACGCAAAGGAACCACAUCGAAUCACGGGAAAUAUGGGGGUGGUUUGGUAUAAUGCAAAGGCUAGGCAGAGGCCCGAGAUUUGCAAUUAAUGAUUUUCAAGUUAGCCAGGUCACUACCUCAAAAUCACUUGGAGUGACCAUCGAUGACAGACUCGAUUGGAGUGGCCAUAUCGAGAAAGUAACUAAGAAAGUCGCUUCUGGUAUUGCGGCCAUAAAAUGAAUUAGGCACCUUGUCCCUCAGGCGACCUUACAUCUUAUAUACCAAGCUUUGAUACAGCCACAUUUUGACUAUUGCAAUAUUGUCUGGGGAAACUGUGGGAUAACUUUACGGAAUAAGGUACAAAAGCUACAAAAUAGAGCAGCCCGUGUUUGACCUACUCAAACUAUGACGUAGACGCUGGUCACCUGUUCAAACUUCUAGAAUGGAAAAAUCUAGUUUGGCAGCAGCAAAUUCAAAGAGCUACGAUGGUUUACAGGUCUCUGCACGGGUUGGCUCCAAAUUAUCUCAGUUGUAAAUUUGAAAUCCGAGAAAUCGCAUAUGACCAUUACCGCACACAGACUAUUACAAAAAUAGCUUUAGCUAUAGUGGCGCCAUUCACUGGAACAGUCUUCCUUGUAACUUAAGGGAAGCAGAGUCCCUUGGCAAUUCAAACGACUACUGAAAGAAGAACUGUAUGGCACGGCAUUCGUGAAAAGCAGCUUUUUAUUUAAAUAUUUCUCAUUAUAUUAGUAUUAGGUAUUUUUAAAGCUGACGAAUUUUGUACCGUGGAUAAAUAAAGAUUAUCUAUCUAUCUUGUCCUAGCAAUAAACGAGAAAUUCAUGGGGAAUACACUGCAAUAUCCCAGGGACAUAGGAGAGAACACAUAAGGAAUCCUAA